AUGAGAGUCCAAAGAAAUGCUCUUAUCAAUCUCAUUUUGAUCUCGACACUCAUAUUCUGUGCUGAGUCUGCUCAGCCUCCGUUCUCUUGUGACUCGUCCAACCCACCUACCAAAUCUUACCCAUUUUGUAACUCAGCGUUACCCAUCCCCCAGCGAGUCGAAGACCUCAUCUCUCGCCUCACACUGGACGAAAAGAUCUCCCAACUCGUUACCACAGCGCCGGAGAUUCCUCGACUCGGCAUUUCCGCAUACCAGUGGUGGUCAGAAGCUUUGCAUGGUGUUUCUAGGCAUGGACAUGGCAUCCGGUUCAAUGGGACUAUUUCUUCUGCCACGAUGUUUCCUCAAGUGAUUCUCUCGGCUGCUUCCUUCGAUGCCAAUCUCUGGUAUCGUAUUGGCAAGGCAAUUGGAACAGAGGCUAGAGCAAUUUACAACGAAGGGCAAGCGGGAGGGAUGACAUUUUGGGCACCAAAUAUAAAUGUGUUUAGGGACCCAAGGUGGGGGAGAGGGCAGGAGACACCUGGGGAAGACCCAUUGGUUGCUGGGAAGUAUGCAGUGUCUUUUGUUAGAGGCUUGCAAGGGGACAGUUUUGAAGGUGGGCAGCUCAAGGAUGGACAACUUCAGGCCUCUGCUUGUUGCAAGCACUUCACUGCUUAUGAUUUGGAUAGCUGGAAUGGUGUCAAUCGUUAUGGCUUUGAUGCUCAUGUCACGAUGCAGGAUUUGGCAGAUACUUACCAGCCACCAUUUGAGAGCUGCAUAAAACAAGGGGAAGCCAGUGGGAUAAUGUGCGCAUACAAUCGUGUUAAUGGGGUUCCAAACUGUGCUGAUCAUAAUCUUUUAUCCCAUGUGGCUCGUGGACAAUGGAGUUUUCAAGGAUACAUUACCUCGGACUGUGAUGCUGUCUCAAUCAUUCAUGACGUUCAAGGUUAUGCUAAAUUACCAGAAGACGCAGUUGCGGAUGUUCUUAAAGCUGGCAUGGAUGUUGACUGUGGUUCUUACUUGAGGAAAUAUACCAUAUCAGCAGUUCAACAGAAAAAAUUGCCAGAAUCUGAGAUAGACAGAGCCCUCCACAACCUUUUCUCUGUUAGAAUGCGGCUAGGGCUGUUCAAUGGUGACCCAAGCAAACAGCUUUUCGGUGAUAUCGGUCCAAGCCAGGUGUGCACCCAAGAGCACCAGGAACUAGCCCUUGAAUCUGCUCGAAAUGGGAUUGUCCUUUUAAAGAACUCUGACAGGCUCCUCCCACUUUCAAAGACCAAAACCAUGUCUAUUGCUGUUAUAGGCCCCAACGCCAAUAGCACACAAACACUAGUUGGAAAUUAUGAAGGUUUUCCUUGCAAAAACGUCACAACGUUGCAAGGACUGCAGAGUUAUGUAAAAAAUGUAUUGUAUCACCCGGGUUGCAAUUCAGCUGUGAACUGUACUUCUCUUGCAAUCAAUGAAACAAUGAACCUGGCAAAAGAGGUAGAUUAUGUGAUACUAGUAAUGGGGUUGGAUCAAAGUCAAGAGAGGGAGAACCAUGAUCGCAUGGAAUUGGUGCUUCCAGGGAAGCAAGAAAGUCUUGUCACGAGCAUUGCUAAUGCUGCAAAGAAACCUGUUGUCUUGGUGCUGCUUUGUGGAGGUCCGGUUGAUAUUACUUUUGCGAAAAAUGACCCAAAAAUUGGAAGCAUCUUGUGGGGUGGUUAUCCAGGCGAAGCAGGAGGGAUUGCACUAGCAGAAAUCAUCUUUGGAGGAAAGUUACCUGUCACUUGGUAUCCAAAAGAUUUCACCAGAGUACUAAUGACAGACAUGAGGAUGAGGCCUGAACCUUCCUCAGGCUACCCUGGACGCACUUACAGAUUUUACAAUGGCAGAAAAGUUUAUGAAUUCGGCUAUGGUCUUAGCUACUCAAACUACACUUAUGAGUUCGUGUCCGUUAUACAAAACAAGCUCCACCUUAAUCAGUCCUCAACAACUCAGGCUGUCGAAACCUCAGAUUCCAAUCGUUACACAUCAGUUUCAGAAAUCGGGAUAGAGUUCUGUAAGAAGAUGAAAUUCUCAGCUAUUGUUGGAGUCACAAAUCAUGGGGAGAUGGCCGGUAAGCAUGCAGUAUUACUAUUUGUGAGGCAGCCCAAGGUUGGUGAAGGGAAUCCAAUGAAACAGUUGGUUGGAUUCGAGAGUGUGAGAUUGAGUGCAGGGGAAAGAGCUGAAAUUGAAUUUGUAUUGAACCCUUGCAAGCACCUUAGUAAAGCUAACAAGGAUGGUUUGAUGGUUAUUGAAGAGGGGUCUCAUUUCCUCGUUGUGGGAGAUAGAGAGCACCCAUUUAACAUUUUAGUUUGA